UCCUCUAUAUAUAUAAGGGCCUCUAGGCAUAGCUCCUCAUCACCAUCAACCUUAUUCUUUUUCAUAACCAUCCUCUUUACUUUAGCCUCAUUAUAUUUACACCCUUUCUUUCUUGCUAUUGCUUCCUCAUAAGGAAGUGAUAUAGUAGUUUCAAAGUGCUGUGAAGUGAUGGAUCGAAACAGAGGAGAAGAAUCAAGGGAGAUUUUUGAAGAGAAUUGCGUUCAUGAUUCUUCUGUGGAUCAUAAAGGAAGAGUUCCUCUUCGAGCUUCAACUGGUGUUUGGAAAGCCUCACGGUUCAUUAUUGCAAUUGAGUUCAGUGAGAGGUUGAGUUACUUUGGAAUUGCAACUAGCUUAAUCAUUUACCUUACAAAGGUAAUUCAUGAAGACCUUGAGACAGCAGCGAAGAGCGUGAACCACUGGUCUGGUGUUACCACAUUGAUGCCACUGUUGGGAGGUUUUGUAGCUGAUGCUUAUCUGGGCCGAUUCAGAACAGUUCUCGUUUCAACCAUCAUCUACCUCAUGGGUUUGAUUCUCCUAACUUUGGCCUGGUUCCUACCAGGCUUGAGGGCUUGUGAAUCUAAAUUGUGCACCGAACCUAGGAAGAUUCACGAGGUGUUCUUUUUCCUUGCCAUAUACCUAAUUUCUAUAGGAACUGGAGGGCAUAAACCUGCAUUGGAGAGUUUUGGAGCUGACCAGUUUGAUGAUGAUCACACUGAAGAAAGAAAACAGAAGAUGACCUACUUCAACUGGUGGAACUUUGCCCUUUGUUCUGGACUCAUUCUUGGGGUCACUGUGAUUGUGUAUGUGCAAGACCAUGUCAACUGGGGUGUUUCAUAUAUUGUUCUCGCAGUAGUCAUGGCAGUGUCACUUGUCAUUUUCUUCAUGGGAAGGCCGUUUUACCGUUAUAGGGCAGCAACAGGGAGUCCCUUGACACCAUUGUUCAAAGUUCUUGUUGCAGCCAUUAGAAAGAGAAAUCUCCCUUACCCUUCCGAUCCUUCUCAAUUGUAUGAAAUUCCCAAGUCAGAGAAAAACAUUGGGAGGUUUCUGUGCCACACAAGCAAGCUCAAGUUUCUCGACAAAGCAGCUAUUCUUGAAGACAAUGAUAGUCCGGCUGAGAAACAAAGCCCUUGGAGACUGGCAACCAUAACCAAGGUCGAGGAGUUGAAGCUUAUUCUGAAUAUGAUUCCCAUAUGGAUUGCUACUCUACCAUUUGGAAUUUGUGUAGCACAAGGCACUACUUUCUUCAUCAAACAAGGUGUUACUCUGGAUCGAAAAAUUGCAAAUGGUUUUGAGAUUCCCCCAGCCUCAGUUUACGGCCUGGCUGCCAUAGGAAUGAUAGUCUCUGUUACCAUCUAUGAGAAAAUCCUCGUCCCUAAGUUACGAAAAGCAACAGGAAAUGAGCGAGGCAUCAAUAUCCUCCAGAGGAUUGGUAUUGGGAUGCUAUUCUCAAUUGUUACAAUGGUGGUUGCAGCACUUGUUGAAAAGAAAAGACUAAAUGUAGUAGAGAAUGAUCCAAAAAAGAGUUCACUUUCAAUGAGUAUUUUCUGGUUGGCUCCACAAUAUCUCAUCAUUGGUUUUGGAGAUGGAUUUACUCUGGUGGGCUUGCAGGAGUACUUUUACGACCAAGUUCCUGAUUCCAUGAGAAGCUUAGGUAUUGCAUUUUACCUUAGUGUGAUAGGAGCCGCAAAUUUCGUCAGUAGCUGGUUGAUAACAAUUGUUGCCCGCGUAACCAAGAAGGGCGGACAUGGUUGGUUUGGUAAAGAUUUGAAUACUAGCCGCUUAGACAAAUUUUACUGGCUGUUAGCGGGCAUAACUGCGGUGAACAUGAUCUUCUAUGUGUUCUUGGCUCGAAGGUAUUCUUACAAAAAUGUGCAGAGGGUGGCUGUGGUUGAAUUUAAUGAAGGAGAUGAUGAGGAUGUUAAGGUGUAGCUUCAAUGGCUUCAUAGAUGCAUAUAUUUCGUUGGUUGAUGUCAUUACGGAAGGGAUAGUGGUUCUAAUUUAGUAUCUUGUCUAAAUAGCUAAUUAAGAAAUUUGAAGCAUUCUAGGACAUGCAAUUCUAAUCGAAGUUUGUCUAAGCAUGUGUUGCAGUUGUCCAUAUUUCUCUAUGUACUUAAUCAAUGGAUGCAAAAAUUUCGAAUCCUAAA